AUGGAAGAGGGCUCGGAUCUGGAAACUGGGGUGAAAGUGCAAGAGGAAGUACAGCCGCUGCCAUCUUUCCUCCGCUCCAAACACACACACACACCGAGGGAGGGGACGGGCGGGCGGACGGAGCGUGCCGGCAGCCCCCGAAAACUUCCCACCGACGGAGGCCAAGAGAAAAAGACCGCUUCCUCGUCGUCCAGCACCACCGGCAGCAUCAACAGCAGCUUCCUCGGCGGCGAGCCUCCAAGCAGCAGCCCCGAUGGAGCGGGUGAACGAGGCGGCCGCAGCAGCUGCCGCCGCCGCCGCCGCUGCAGCCGCCGCCAGUGGCAACGCGUGCGGCCCUCCCCACCGGGCUGCUACACGUAUCAGGUGAGCCGGCACAGCGCCGACCUUCUGCACAACCUGAACCAGCAGCGCAAGAACGGCGGGCGCUUCUGCGACGUGCUUCUCCGCGUCGGCGACGAGAGCUUCCCCGCGCACCGCGCCGUCCUGGCUGCCUGCAGCGAGUACUUCGAGUCGGUCUUCAGCGCGCAGGGACUGAGUGGAGGCGUUGCGGACGGGGGCGCAGCUGAGGCGACCGGCGCUGGAGGGGGCGGUCCCGGGGGCGGGGGCGGCCCCGGCGGGGUGGCCCGGGAGCUGGAGAUGCACACCAUCAGCUCCAAGGUCUUCGGAGACAUCCUGGACUUUGCCUACACCUCGCGUAUUGUGGUGCGCCUAGAGAGCUUCCCGGAGCUCAUGACAGCCGCCAAGUUCCUUCUCAUGCGCUCUGUCAUCGAUAUCUGCCAGGAGGUUAUCAAGCAGUCCAACGUCCAGAUUCUGGUCCCGCCGGCCAGCCGCCCAGACAUCAUGCUGUUCCGUCCUGGCGCAGGCACCUCCGACCUGGGCUUUCCCCUUGACAUGACCAACGGCACUGGGCUGGCCCCCAAUGGCAAUGGGAUCGCCGGCAUGCCCGAGGAUGAAGCUACCCGGGCUGCCCUCUCCGCCGCAGCCCAGUCUUCCUUGCCCGUCUCAGGGGUGGACCGUCUUCCCAUGGUGGCCGGGCCUCUCUCGCCACCCCUCCUGGCUUCGCCCUUCCAAAACGUUGGCACCGGCGCCCCCUCUCUGAGCAGCAAGCGGGGUCGGGGGCGUCCCCGCAAGGCCAACCUGCUGGAUUCCAUGAUGUUCAGUGCCCCGGGGGGUCUGAGGGACGCUGGCAUCCUGCCCUGUGGCCUGUGCGGGAAAGUCUUCACAGAUGCCAACCGCCUCCGCCAGCACGAAGCCCAGCAUGGCGUCACCAGCUUGCAGCUGGGCUACAUCGACCUCCCACCCCCCAGGCUGGGCGAGAAUGGGAUCCCCGGGCUGGAUGACACUGCCGCCCCCCGCAAGCGGAGCCGGACAAGGAAGCAGGUGGCUUGCGAGAUCUGCGGGAAGAUCUUCCGGGACGUUUACCACCUGAAUCGGCACAAGCUCUCACAUUCUGGCGAGAAGCCCUACUCGUGCCCUGUGUGCGGGCUGCGGUUCAAGAGGAAGGACCGGAUGUCCUAUCACGUCCGGUCCCACGAUGGGUCGGUGGGGAAGCCUUACAUUUGCCAGAGCUGCGGAAAAGGUUUCUCUAGGCCUGACCAUCUGAACGGGCACAUCAAACAAGUGCACACGUCAGAGAGACCUCACAAAUGUCAGACCUGCAACGCCUCUUUUGCCACCCGGGACCGGCUGCGCUCGCACCUGGCGUGCCACGAAGACAAAGUCCCAUGCCAGGUCUGCGGGAAGUACCUGCGGGCAGCAUACAUGGCCGACCACCUGAAGAAGCACAGCGAAGGACCAAGCAACUUCUGUACCAUCUGCAACAGAGGUUUCUCCUCUGCCUCCUACUUAAAGGUCCAUGUUAAAACCCACCACGGUGUUCCCCUUCCCCAGGUCUCCAGACACCCGGAGCCCAUCCCGAAUGGGGGAGCAGCGUUCCACAGCGUCAGGACCUAUGGCAUCAAAGAAGGCCAGAAAUGCUCACCUUUGGAUCAGAUUGAGAGCUCGGAUUCCUACGGAGACCUCUCGGACGCCAGCGACCUCAAGACCCCCGAGAAACAGAAUGCCAACGGCUCCUUCUCCUCCUGCGACAUGGUGGUCGCCAAGAAUAAAUUGGAGUCGGAGGGGGAUAAGAAGUACCCUUGCCCCGAAUGUGGCAGCUUUUUCAGAUCCAAGUCCUAUCUUAACAAACACAUACAGAAAGUCCAUGUCCGCUCCCUGGCCCCCUUAGGGGACUUGGGCCCUGCCCUGGGCUCCCCCUUUUCCCCACAACAGAACAUGUCUCUCCUGGAAUCGUUCGGGUUUCAGAUUGUCCAGUCCGCCUUUGCCUCCUCCUUGGUGGAUCCAGAGGUCGACCCACAGCAAAUGGGGCCGGAUGGAAAAUGAAGCCGGCUCCCACCUUGACAUAGCGGCUGUCUGCUUUGGGUGUCUUUAAGAUGGCUGAGGGCAAUGUGGGGGGCUGACACACAAAAAGAAAAUCCAAGUUUUGUAGUGGGGAGAUUUUUCUGUUUGAACUCCUUUUAGGUCCUCCCUUCCCUUCUCCCCGAAAUCUUCCCCGGGGGGCAGAGAGUGUGUGCGUGUGUUGGGGGGCCAGCUGCAGGGUUAUCACCUGCACGGCAACGAAUGGAGGGGCAGCCUUUGGGGGCUGUGCCCCAUGGCAGGGCAAAACGGCGCCAAGCACCCAGAAGGUCUGUGGGCGACCCCAGCUUGGAACCCCGCGGAUGAAAACUAAACACCCCAAAGGCUGGUUGGGGGAAUGUUAAGAAACCCUAGUUGAUCUGGCAGAGAAUUAGAUGUGUGUCUCUCCUGUCCUUUUAUUUGGUCCUUCAUCCUUCUCUGCCUCAUGACCCUUUCCUAAGAUUUGCAUUGUUAGCAUCGUCUGCUCAUAAAAGCACAUACCCUGUGAGGUAUCUAGUAGGUAGAGGUACCAUUGUUCUUUAGGAAGGAAGGAAGAAGG